AUGAUCAGUCAUUUCGUAUACUCUCUCUUAUUAUUACUCCUCGCUGCCAGCUUCUCCGUUCCUAUCUCCGGCGACACUGACGCUGAUGCGCUUUUGAAGUUCAAGUCAUCUCUCGUGAACACCACUGUCCUCGAUGCCGAUGGAUGGAGUUCCGGUGUCCCUCCUUGCACCGGGGACACAGGAAGCGACUCAACAUGGAAAGGAGUCAUGUGCGAGAACGGCGUCGUUUACGCUCUCCGCUUAGAGAACAUGAGCCUGUCGGGGACGCUUGACUUGCAACCGCUAGUCUCAAUGCAUAGUCUCGAGAGCGUGAGCUUCAUGUACAACAGCUUCGAAGGGCCGAUGCCACGUGGAGUCGACGGGAUUGCGUCGCUUGUGUAUCUUUACUUGGCGCAUAACAAGUUUUCAGGUGAGAUCGACGGUGAUUUGUUUGAUGGCAUGAAGGAUCUUGUGAAGGUUCAUCUUGAAGGUAACAUGUUUUCCGGUAAGAUUCCCGAGUCUUUGGGGAGAUUGCCGAAGCUGACGGAGUUGAAUCUUGAGGAUAAUAUGUUCACCGGGAAAAUACCGGAGUUUAAACAUAAGAGUGUCGUUACCGUUAACGUUACUAAUAAUCAGUUAGAGGGUCGUAUUCCGCUUGCUCUCAGCCAGAUGAACACCACCUUCUUCCAAGGUAACAAGGGGCUGUGUGGACCACCUUUGCUUCCCUGUAAAACCCGUACCCCGUUGCUUCCCAUAUUUCUCCUCGCAAUCACUAUCCUCGCCGUCCUAGUACUCAUCGUUGUCUUCUGCUCAAUCUGCAUCUUCGGCCGUAGUAAACACAAAGGCAGCAGCGAACACGAUCUCGCCCACAGCAGAAGCCUCGGCACAAUCAACGCAACAUCCGAACAACAACUCAGCGAAAAAAGCUCGUUGGACUCCAAAGUCUACAGGAAACUAGCCAACGAAGCCGUGCAACGAGACUCAUUAGCAACAUCAUCAAUAUUAUCCGAGGCAGCUUUGCCUCGGGAGGAAGACAAGAAAGGAGAUCAAAAGAAGCUGCAUUUCGUAAGGAAUGAUGAUCAGGAGAAGUUCACGCUACAAGAAAUGCUCUGUGCAUCUGCGGAGGUUCUCGGAAGCGGAGGGUUUGGAUCGUCGUACAGGGCGGCUUUACCGAACGGACGUGCUGUUGUUAUAAAGAGGUUAAGGUUUAUGAGUAAUAUUGGGAGAGAGGAGUUUUAUGAUUAUAUGAAGAAGAUCGGACGGUUGUCUCAUCGUAAUCUACUUCCGUUGAUUGCUUUCCACUACAGAAAAGAUGAGAAGCUUUUUGUCACUGAUUUCAUUCCUCUUGGUAGCCUUGCUAAUCUCCUCCAUGCCAAGCGGAAACCAGGUCAGGUGGUCUUGGAUUGGCCUAUCCGGUUAAAGGUUGUAAGAGGAGUCACUAGAGCUUUGGCUUAUCUCUACACAAUAUUCCCCGACCUGAAUCUCCCUCACGGCCAUCUCAAAUCAUCCAACGUCUUGCUUGACAACGACUUCGAGCCGCUACUAACGGACUACGCUCUCGUCCCCGUGGUUGACAAAGAUCAGUCUCAGUUCAUGGUGGCUUACAAGUCACCAGAGUUCACUCUCCAAAACCGCACAUCAAGAAAGUCUGAUGUCUGGAGCUUAGGAAUCUUGAUUCUCGAGUUACUCACUGGGAAGUUUCCUGCGAACUUUCUCCGGCAAGGGAAAGGAGCUGAUGAUGAGUUAGCUGUUUGGGUUGAGUCAGUAGCGAGAACUGAGUGGACACCUGAUGUGUUUGACAAGGAGAUGCAAGCAGGGAGAGAGCAUGAAGGGCAGAUGUUGAAGCUGCUCAAGAUUGGGUUGAGAUGUUGUGAUUGGGAUGUAGAGAGGAGAAUGGAGCUUCAGGAGGCUGUUGAUCGGAUAGAAGAAGUUGAUCAGAGAGAUGUUGGUGACAGUUUUCAAGAGAGUUUUCGAUCUUCAUACGUGACUGCUGAUUAUGAAUAUCGUUUUUCAAGAAGCAUGACUGGGGAGUUUUCGCUCGUCCGUCCUUUCAUUAUCAUUCCGACAAAAAGCAACUCAUCAUAUAGUUUCCUUCUUCCUUUUCAAAACAUACAUUUUUGGUUUUUGGCUUCUUCCGAGAUGAUUCUUCAUGACAAACCUUUGGUGGUAUACUCUCUUUUCGUAUUAUUACUCGCUGUUAGCUUCUUUGUUCCUAUCUCCAGCGACGGUAACGCUGAUGCUCUUCUGAAGUUCAAGUCAUCUCUCGUGAACGCCACCGUCCUCACCGGAUGGGACGACUCCGGUGAACCUCCUUGCACCGGGAAAAAAGGAAGCAACUCGAAAUGGAAAGGAGUCAUGUGUUCUGCCGGCGUUGUUUACGCUCUCCGUCUAGAGAACAUGAGCCUCACGGGGACGCUUGACGUGGAACCACUAGGUUCCUUGCGCGGUCUCAAGAGCGUUAGCUUCAUGCGUAACGGUUUCGAAGGUCCGAUACCACGUGGACUCAACGGGCUUGUUUCGCUUGUGCAUCUUUACUUGUCGCAUAACAGGUUUUCGGGAGAGAUUGAGGGUAGAUUGUUUGACCGAAUGAAGGAUCUGGUGGAGGUUCAUCUCGAAGGUAACAUGUUUUCCGGUAAGAUUCCGGAGUCUUUGGGGAAACUGCCGAAGCUGAAGGAGUUGAAUCUUGAGGAUAAUAUGUUCACGGGGAAGAUACCACCGUUUAAUCAGAAGAAUCUUGUUACCGUUAAUGUUGCUAAUAAUCGAUUAGAGGGUCGUAUUCCGUUAACUCUCGGUCUCAUGAACCUCACCUUCUUCUUAGGUAACAAGGGGCUGUGUGGACCUCCUCUGCUUCCCUGCAGAUACCAUCGCACGCCAUUAGUCACAGUGUUCCUCCUCGCCCUCACCGUCCUCGCCGUCGUAAUCCUCAUAACCGUCUUCUGCUCCGUUUGCAUCCUCAGCCGUCGUCAACGCAGAGGCCCCGAACCCUAUCACAGCCCCAGCCCCAGCAUCGGCCUCGGCACAGUCUACGGACCAAGCGAGCCACAACAACCACAAAACAGUGAGAAGAGUUCACAGGACUCAAAGGUCUACAGGAAGCUAGCCAGCGAAGCUGUGCAGCGAGAGUCAACAACAACAACGUCGUCAUCAGUAUUAUCUGUGCCUCGAGAGGGAGAAGACAAGCGUGGAGGAGAUCAACGGAAGCUACAUUUCGUGCGGAAUGAUCGGGAGAAGUUUACGUUACAGGAUAUGCUACGCGCGUCGGCGGAGGUUUUAGGAAGCGGGGCGUUUGGAUCGUCGUAUAAGGCGGCUUUAACGAGCGAUAGUGCGGUGGUUGUGAAACGGUUUAGGUUUAUGAGUAAUAUUGGGAGGGAAGAGUUUUAUGAUCAUAUGAAGAAGAUCGGACGGUUGUCUCAUCCUAAUCUGCUUCCGUUGAUUGCUUUCCACUACAGAAAAGAUGAGAAGCUUUUUGUCACUGAUUAUAUUCCCAAUGGCAGCCUCGCCAAUCUCCUCCAUGCAAACCGGACACCCGGUCAGGUGGUUUUGAAUUGGCCAAUCCGGUUAAAAAUUGCAAGAGGAGUAACCAGAGGUUUAGCUUAUCUCUACAGAACAUUCCCUGAUCUGAAUAUCCCACACGGCCAUCUAAAAUCAUCCAACGUGUUGCUUGACCAUGACUUCGAGCCGCUACUAACGGACUACGCUCUAGUCCCUGUGGUCAACAGGGGACAGUCUCACCAGUUCAUGGUGGCUUACAAGUCACCUGAGUUCACUCAGCAAGAACGAACAUCAAGAAAGUCUGAUGUCUGGAGCUUAGGAAUCUUGAUUCUCGAGAUACUGACGGGUAAGUUUCCGGCUAACUAUCUCCGGCAAGGGAAAGGAGCUGAUGAUGAGUUAGCUGCUUGGGUUGAGUCAGUAGCGAGAACUGAGUGGAAUGGUGAUGUGUUUGAUAAGGAGAUGCAAGCAGGGAAGGAACAUGAAGGUCAGAUGUUGAAGCUGCUCAAGAUUGGGUUGAGGUGUUGUGAUUGGGAUGUAGAGAGGAGAAUGGAGCUUCACGAGGCUGUUGAUCGGAUAGAAGAAGUUGAUCACGGAGAUGCAGGUGGAGGUCAAGGUCAAGAGAGUUUUCGAUCUUCAUAUGUGACUGCUAGUGAUGGUGAUCAUCGUUUUUCAAGUGCCAUGGCUGGGGAGUUCUCGCUCGUGUAA